AUGCUACUGGACGAGAGCAUGUACAUUCCUCCCGUCAUAAGUCAUAACGGUCAGGUCAUGCUCAUCUUUUCGGGAAUCAUAAAAUCCAGGUGUGUAAUGGACAUGCGGAAGUUCCCGAAGGACACACAAGUGUGCUUGCUGGUUAUAUACAGUCCGUCAUUCCAUUACAACAACGUCUCAUUGGGGACAAACUACAACCUCAUAUGGGACUUCCUCAGGGAACACGGUGAUUGGCUGAUAGACAAUAUUACCAUUAGCGUUGUUGAAAAAAAUGAAACCGAACCCUUACAGCAACACGGUUUGGUUGUUGAGUUGACCAUCUUGAGACAGCCCUACUUCUACAUUAUAGAGAUCAUUGGACCACUCAUCUUUUUGUCGUGUUUAAAUCCUUUCGCCUUUAUGCUACCCACUGACCACGGAGAGCGAAUCUCGUUCUCCGUCUCCCUGCUGCUUUCCAACACGGUAACUUUGGCCAGUCUGACAGACAUAAUGCCCAACUCAAGCAGCAGCAUGUGCUACAUCAGCAUACUUGCCAGCGUCACUAUGUUCAUCAGUGUCUCCAUCGCUCUCCUUGUUAUCAUAACCGCCCGCAUCGCCACUUGGGAAGGUCAAAGUACCAACAGACAGUUGUGGAUCUGUUUAGCCAAGUCUGUGCGUUGGAAGAAGAUAAACCAGGUGAGCGCCAGAGGAGACCAAGCGACUACAGAAGACGAUAAAGGAGACCAAAGGGAAAUUCAGAAGGUGGAGAGAGAACAGAAUGAGAGUCUUUUCCGAGUACUUAGUUUUGAGGAUGGCAAGGAGAACAAAGAAAAGUCAAUGGCUGACACAACAGCAGGAGCAAAGCCAGUCGUACUUGACAAUAUCACAGGAAUUAACUGUUUGGUCAAGUUUAGCGCCAUUGAAGAGAUGAGCCCUCCAAUAUUGGCAAUUACACCCGAAACGAAAGACAAAUUCACGGAAAGUUAA